UUUUGGCUGAAGGGACUUUCCCUGAAGUCUCUCCUGCCUAGAAGUCAAGCUUCAACGACAUAAACACACAUAAACAGAUUCAGGAAAGAUGGAAACAGUGGCAAUUUUUUUCCAGCUCGUUCACUUCAUCUUGAGCCAUCUAGGGUCUGGGAAUGCACUAACCCCAAACAGCUCGCAGAUACAGGCUACUGUGGGGGGGCACCGGAAGUAAACAAAGACAGCACCAGCAGCGUUAGCUAGGUGCAUGUUAGCAGUUAGCUGGAAGACGGUAGUGUGGUCGUGUCUCUGGUAAAUAUUCAAGUAGUGGACGGAGCAGUGAUGUCUUCGGCUCAGUAUUUGAGAGAGUUUAUCAGCGAGCGACUAACAGCUGCUGCUGAAGAGAUAUUCACAGUCUUUGAAAAAACCAUCGUCCAGUACGAAGAAGAGGUCGCUCGUCAGCGCAGACUGCUGGACACCGUUUUGAAACCUGAAAUAAAGCUACACAGGAUCGAGCUCCCACAGCAGCAUGUCUGUAAGGAGGAGGAGGUUCUCACUGACCAGCAGCUCUGUCACCAGGAGAGGAACUCCAGUCUGGACCAAGAGGAACAAGAACCUCCACAGAUUAAAGAGGAACAGGAGGAAAUGUGCACCAGUCAGGAGGGAGAGCAGCUCGUACUGAAGCAGGAGACUGAAACCUGCAUGUUGACUCCUCAUGGUGAGGAAAGUGACCACAGAGAACCAGACGGUGAGCACCAGCUCCUCUCUCACAACUCUCCUGUAGCUGAGAGCCAAGAUCAGAACAGAAGAAAACAUUUGGAUUCAGGAUCAACAGGAAAUGAAGAACCAAACCCACAGAAGAGUUUUCAUGAAAACAGGAGUCACGGUAACAAUGUGGACAACUCUCCCAUGUCAGAGAUUAACUCUAAUACUCAAACAGGUAAAAAGUCUUUCAAAUGUGACACUUGUGGAAAAACUUUUGUUUAUAAGUAUAAUUUGACGAUUCAUCUGAGAAUACACACGGGUGAAAAACCUCAUUUAUGCAAAAUAUGCAGGAAAAGAUUUGGACGUAGUGAUGAAUUGAAAAUCCACCUGAGAACUCACACAGGUGAGAAGCCAGAUUGUUGCCAAACAUGUGGUAAAUGUUUUGUAAGAAGUGGUGAUUUGAAACUCCAUAUGAGAAUUCACACAGGUGAGAAGCCAUUUUCUUGUAAAAUAUGUCAGAAACGUUUUGUAAGAAGUGGUGAUUUGACAGUCCACAUGAGGAGUCACACUGGUGAGAAGCCAUAUUCUUGUAAAAUAUGUCAGAAACAUUUUGUAAGAAGUGGUGACUUGAAAGUCCACAUGAGGAGUCACACUGGUGAGAAGCCAUAUUCUUGCAAAAUAUGUCAGAAAAAGUUUGGACAAAGUGGUCAUAUGAAUGUCCACGUGAGGAGCCACAGCUGUUUAUUCAUCGCUGCCCACAAACUACCAUGUGUUCUGAACGUUGACACAGCUACAUACAAACAUGGCAGCAAUGAAGGAGAAGCAGUUAGUAUUGUUACUUAUCUUUCACAGUUAUUGUCAAAUCUGAAACUAAAUUGUCUUUAUUUUAACAUCACAGUUUUAACCUCUGUCUUGUGCCUCUUUGUUCCUCCAGAGCUCCCACAGCAGCAUGUCUGUAAGGAGGAGGAGGUUCUCACUGACCAGCAGCUCUGUCACCAGGAGAGGAACUCCAGUCUGGACCAAGAGGAACAAGAACCUCCACAGAUUAAAGAGGAACAGGAGGAAAUGUGCACCAGUCAGGAGGGAGAGCAGCUCGUACUGAAGCAGGAGACUGAAACCUUCAUGUUGACUCCUCAUUGUGAGGAAAGUGACCACAGAGAACCAGACGGUGAGCACCAGCUCCUCUCUCACAACUCUCCUGUAGCUGAGAGUCAAGAUCAGAACAGAAGAAAACUUUUGGAUUCAGGAUCAACAGGAAAUGAAGAACCAAACCCACAGAAGAGUUUUCAUGAAAACAGGAGUCACAGUAACAAUGUGGACAACUCUCCCAAAUCAGAGAUUAACUCUAAUACUCAAACAGGUAAAAAGUCUUUCAAAUGUGACACUUGUGGAAAAACUUUUGCGUGUAAGUAUAAAUUGAAAAUUCAUCUGAGAACACACACUGGUGAGAAGCCAUUUCCAUGCAAAAUAUGUCAGAAACGUUUUGUGAAAAGUGGUCAUUUGAAAGUUCAUACGAGAAUUCACACUGGUGAGAAGCCAUAUUCUUGCCAAACGUGUGGGGAAAGGUUUGGACGUAGUGAGGACUUGAGAGUCCACAAGAGAAUUCACACUGGUGAGAAGCCAUAUUGUUGCCAAACAUGUGGUAAAUGUUUUGUAACUAGUAGUAAUUUGAAAGUCCAUGUGAGGUCUCACACUGGUGAGAAACCAUAUUGUUGCCAAACAUGUGGUGAAUGUUUUGUAUGUAUGGACUAUUUGAAAUUCCAUAUUAGAACUCACACAGGUGAGAAGCCAUAUUCUUGUAAAAUAUGUCAGAAACGUUUUGUGAGAAGUGGUGUAUUGAAAGUCCACAUGAGAAUUCACACUGGUGAGAAGCCAUAUUCUUGCCAAACAUGUGGGAAAGAUUUUUUACGUAGUGGUGACUUGAAAGUCCACAUGAGGAGUCACACUGGUGAGAAGCCAUAUUCUUGCAAAAUAUGUCAGAAGAGGUUUGGACAAAGUGGUCAUAUGAAUGUCCACAUGAGGAGCCAAGGUGAGAAGCCAUUUUCUUGCCAAAGAUGUGGGGAAAGUUGUUGACAUGAGAACUCAGACAGGGGAGGAGCCUGCAACACGUGAUAAAAGCUUCUCUUAGUUUACACACACAAAAAGUCAUUUAAAGAUUUAUACAGGUAAAAAUGUGUGUUUACAAAACGAGGAUGUAUCUAGGUUUAGUGUUGUUGAAGAUGAUAAAUGAUCUGAGGCUGUCCAGCCAUCCUGCAACUACGGUCUUUUCACAAACAUGUCCUUUAAUUCACUGUAUUUUUUUCUUACAUCAAAUUGAUACAAUUUGUAUUAUUUCAGUCUGCAGAGGUGAUACAAACUCAUGUAGUAGAUGUUCUAUGCUGCUUUGUGAAAUUUGCCACAUAAAUAAACUUGUAUUUUAAUAACUAGAAUAUUUCUUUCAAUGCUGGUUCGUCAGACUGAUGUUCCUAAUUUGAUGGAUUGAAUAAUGAGGGUAAUUAUGAGCACCAUCAGUCUAAAGGCUCAUUUAUAUCAUUUUUACCAAUGAAAAUAGAUAUGUCUAUUUUAAGAUGUGUAUUCAUCACUGCCCACAAACUACCAUGUGUUCUGAACGUUGACACAGCUACAUACAAACAUGGCAGCAAUGAAGGAGGUCUUUAUAACUUACCCCCGGAAUCAACAUUAUCCAACAAUUUACCCUAAAAUUACAGCUUCAAAAUCAUGUGGUCUGGUUUCAUUAAAACUAUGAUCAUCAA